UCUCAUCUCGCUGCUGUCUCAUCACAUACUUUAUUUGCCAGCUACCUGCUAAGAUACUGCUGUUCACUCCAAGAUGAAGCUCCUAAUCCUUGCUGCCUUGAUGAUUGUGGCCGUAAACACCCUCCCAGAACCAGACUGGAUGAAGGACUUGCCUCAUGGUGUAUGGAGUCCAUGGUCGUGUGAUAACAACAUGAAAUAUAGUGAUCGCAUCGACUGCGAUAGCCAGGGUCAGAACUGUAUCUCCAGAAGACGAAUGGGGAUAUGCAAUUCAGAUGAGGCAGGAAAUCCCUUCGGAGAGUGGGGUGACUGGGAGGAAUGCAUCUAUAACAUCCAGAAACGUAAUCACAUUUGUCCCAACAAUCCAUGUUAUGGAGAGAUUUUCCAAGCUAGAGCAUGCUAGCGAGUCUUCCCGUUGUUCACAGGGUUCCAGAGGGGUUCUCCAUCCGGACACAACACCAGUACUAAGCACAGCUGCAUUGUUAACUGUAUACAGUACCCAUUGAAGAAAAUAUAACACUGCAA